AUGGUUGGAUGUAUGUACACAUGGAAGGUUUGGAAGAGGCUCGAAGAUCACUUCUCUUCUCAAAUCAAAGCCAAGGUAAUGCAGUUAACGAAUAAGCUGAAUACUAUUCAAAUUGGUGCCUCUGUCACUGAAUAUGUCUUGGCAAUAAAAGGAACAAUAGAUGCACUAGCUUCUGUAGGUGAAUCUGUGAAGGAGAGUGACCAUGUAAUUGCAAUACUAAAUGGACUGACUGAAGAAUACUCAUCACUGAUAACCUCAGUGUUAACAACAUCAAGAUCUCAAAGUAUAACUGUAGGUGAAUUAGAAGCAUUACUUCUUUCAUAUGAAAGCAUGUUAGCAAGGUUUAAAAGGUCAGAAAUGCUUGUGCAAGCUAAUUUAGCUCAGCACUAUCAAUAUGGACAAAGUCAGCAAAUGAGAAGAGGCUUCAGGGGUGGCUUCCGAGGCAGAGGCAGUAGGUUCAGAGGAGGCAAAAAUUCAUACACUGGUGGAAGAAUGAUGCAAGAAUCAUACAGUGGUGGAAGAGGUAUGCAAGAACAGUACAAUGAAGGAAAUGAAUAUGGAAGAGGACAGCACGGAAGAGGUAGAGCGAAUGGUGGAGGUGCAAGGAAUUUCGUCAAUACAAGACCACAGUAUGAAAAGCCACAAUGUCAAGUGUGUGAUAAAAUAGGACACACAGCAAAGACAUGUUGGUACAGGUAUAGUGAGGAUCAAUAUGAAGAGGAUUACAGCAACCAGAUCAGCCAGCCUGCAACUAAUUUCAGCAAAGUACUAGCUGCACCUGCCACCAUCCAGGAUCCAAAUUGGUAUCCGGACUCAGGCACCAUGCAUCACAUGACACAUGAUGAACAAAAUUUGGUUGAGAAAGAAGAAUAUGUGGGGGAUGAACAAGUUGUCAUUGGAGAUGGAUUAGGUUUGCAAAUCAAUUCAGUUGGAAACCAAAGAAACUGUGCUUCAAGGGAAGGUCGAUAA